AUGUCUAGCACGCAAAACGCACCUGCUCGUGACAGUGAGGAACUCAGAGAAAACAGCGGUAUAGGGGUCAGUGUUUCGCCCAUAAACCCUGGGGGAGUGCCUAACGUGGAGCCAGUUGAUAUCAGUUCGCACAACACUCUAAACACGGACGCAGGCACAGACCCCGUAAGGAAUGCACACAGGGAAGCCCAGGUCGGAGGCCAGGAAACACGAGGAAUGGAUGAAGGAGGAGUCAGCCUCCUGAUACCGGGAGCACCUCCAAUUUUAAAAGGACUGGAUUCGAAGAAGUUCGGGCAAAAACCAUUCCUCCAGAGUGCGUCUCAAAAGCCCGUCCCGAAGAAGUUUCGGAUGCCAGAUAUCCCGAAAUACAACGGAACCACUAAUCCCAAUGAGCACAUUACCACAUACACUUGUGGGAUAAAAAGGAAUGAUUUGGAAGAUGAUGAGAUAGAGUCAGUUUUGCUAAAAACGUUUGGGGAAACUCUGUCUAAAGGUUCCAUGAUUUGGUACCAUAACCUACCCCCGAAUUCUAUCGAUUCGUUUGCCAUGUUGGCAGACUCAUUUAUGAAGGCACAUGGCGGUGCCAUAAAAGUUGCAACGAGGAAGUACGAUGUAUUCAAAAUAAAGCAAAAGGAUAACGAGAUGUUGAGGGAAUUUUUAUCCCAUUUUCAAUCAGAACGAAUGAAGUUACCACCAGUCUCCGAUGACUGGGUCAUACAAGCCUUCACUCAGGGGAUAAAUGAAUGA